AUGUGCGCAUACGCAAACACUUAUACUUUUCGAUUUAGUCUGUGUGUUUAUGAACUGUUAAUCGAAUUUUUUCUCAAAGAGGUCGUUUCGAUCGAAUCCGUUGAAAAGAACAAAAAGUGUCACAAAGCUAGAAAGAAAACGAGUUGUAGAUGGAGAAGGGUAGGUUUAGCAGUACUCGCAACAACAACUCGCUACGAGUAUUUUGUAAUAAAAAUACUCGAACGGAGGCAAGACAGGGACGGGGGGGAAAGGCAUAUGAAUCCAGGAAACGAGGGAAAAACUCUCGCAAGAGAAAAAGUUGCCAUUCCACCGAGAUUACGGACAUCAAGGUCUCACGAAUCUUUAUUGUCCGGUCAAAGCGUGAUGCAGACCAUGGAUUUGGGUACGGGUGGAAUAGAGAUAAAACCUCUUCAUCCCUCCGUUUUAGGGAAAAAACAUUGUUUUCAAAUAAGUUUUCCGACGGGAAAUCCAAGAUAUUUUUCCUGUCGAUCCGCUGACGAAAGAGACAAAUGGGUUCACAGUUUAAGAAAAUCCGUUCAACCGGAUCAAGAGCACAUGAGAAGGAAGGACAAUUCGUUGAAAAUAUCAAUAGUCGAAGUUAAAGGGGUUGCGAACAAGAAAAAAUAUUUUUGCGAAUUGUGCCUGGACAAAACUUUGUACGCAAGAACGUCGGCAAAGCAAAAAGGAGAAAUUUGCUUUUGGGCGGAAAAUUUUGAUUUUUACCAGCUUCCGCAAGUUAACCUAAUUAACGUUAAUCUAUUCAGAGAAGCGGAAAGGAAAAAGAAAAGAGAUAAAAACGUUUUGAUCGGUACGGUUAACAUACCCGUGCACGAGGUUACGUCGAGAUAUUACAUUGAAAAAUGGUAUCCGGUGAAAACGGAAAAAGGAUCUAAAGAAUGUCCGGCUCUGAGAAUAAAAUGCAGAUUUCAAUCCGUCGACAUAUUGCCCCUUCACGUGUACCAAGAAUUUCUCGAUUACAUAUGCUCCGAUUAUCGUCCUCUAUGCGAAUUACUCGAACCCGUUAUAGGAGUCAAAGCCAAAGAAGACAUUUCAACUGCUCUUGUUCACAUAAUGCAAAAACAGGGUCUUGCCAAAGAAUUUUUAUCGGACGUGGUCAUGAUGGAUAUCGAUAGGAUAGAUGACGAAAGGCUGAUGUUUAGAGGGAAUUCGUUGGCUACGAAAGCAAUGGAAGCGUACCUGAAACUCACAGGAGAUAAAUACCUACAAGAAACACUCGGAGGUUUGGUGACACACGUACUUGCUAACGGUCAAGAUUGCGAAGUGGACGCUGAUAAAAUGAGUAAUUCGGCAGCUCUUCAAAAGCAACAGCAAAAUUUAAGAUCCGCCGUUGAAAUGGCAUGGUCGAAAAUAAUGUCUUCGCAUACCUAUUUUCCAACGGAAUUGAGGGAAUGCUUUGCAACGUUCAAAGAAAGAUUAAUCGAAAUAGGAAGGGAAGAUGUCAGUGAUAAUUUGAUAUCAGCCUCUAUAUUUUUGAGGUUUUUAUGCCCGGCCAUUUUGUCACCGAAUUUAUUUAACAUAACACACGAAUAUCCCAACGAAAAAGCAGCGAGAAAUUUAACGUUGAUUGCCAAAACCCUUCAAACGUUGGCUAAUUUUACAAGGUUUCAGGGAAAGGAAAGUUUUAUGGAAUUUUUAAAUGAUUUUCUGGAGAAGGAAGCACUUUCCAUGAAGAAUUUCCUUCAAUUAAUUUCUAGUCGCGUUCAGAAAGAAAACACAUCACAUCACAACAUCACCUCAACCGAUUUCGACGGGUACAUUGAUCUUGGAAAACAAUUGAGCAUACUUCACACACUAUUGCUCGAAUGUUUGGAAAAAAUUGCACCCGUCAAAUUGGCCAAAGUUGAAAAAUUACCCAGAAUAUUGGAAAGGAUUCGUUUGUCCUUGACUCAACCUCCUGGAUAUUUGAGACAACAAAGUUCGCCGCCGUUGACGGAUAAUAGAAACUUGUCGGAAACUUCGCAGGCUACUUAUCAGUCCCUGCAGAGAAAUAUAUUUAGAUUUAACGACCCGACGUGCGGAUCAACACCCAAUACUAGUCCGUGUCACAGAAGCAACACGUCAACGUUGACAAAUGAAUGCCCAGUGGGAAACAAUAAUGGAAACACAAGAUCUCCUAUCGUGACGAGGGCUUCUACUCUUCCGAGGAAUGCAUUUCAUCCAUCUCCGAAACUUCAACCUGCUAAAAUUACAUCGGAAUACAAUAACGAUUUGACUCAGAGUCCGGCUCGGCAAAGGUUCGCAUGUGGAAGUCCGUGUCAUCAAGCGCCCGUAAAACCAAAGAACAGGGUGAUAACAUCGUCUCUGACCAACGGUAUGAACGGAAACGUUAACGGAAAUGGUAAUUUAGACGAAAUGUCCGAUUUGUUGCGGUACGCCGAUGACGAAAUGACGGAACCGGUUAACAACGGAAGUCAGAUUUCCAUUUCUCAAUUGUCGAACGUGGCUUCAUCUGGUUAUCAAAGUUUCGCCUACAGUCAGAGUUCGAGUCCCGUCGACUUAACAAUAACAAAUAACAACAACAAUAACAACAACAACAACGGAAAUCAUCCAAUCGUCGUGAACAAUAACAUUCAUGCCAACGCCGCGCCGUUGGCAUUCACAAAUCCUGUUUAUCACAUGGACCAAAGAAGACAGCAAGUUCGAAGGAGGCAUUCUUGCAGUUCGUCGUCUGAAGAAAACGGUACCGGAGCGGAUCUGUCACCGACUCCUUCGACUCCGACACCUCCGGUCAACAGGCGGUUUGCCGGUAUCAGAGCUCCAAGAACAAAUCCUCAAUGCUCUCUUAGAAACAAUUGGAGGGCGGUGACAAAUCAUCAACCCGCAUCCGUUAAUCAUUCGAAACAAAAUUUAUUGGAGAAUGAAAUAAACAAAUCAGGGUGUCCUAAAUUGAGGCGACGACUUUCACUUGAUUCAACGAGAGAUAUAACGGAUUCGUCGGACGACGAAAGUUGUCAAAACCAUAGAGUACACAGUAGAAUCGGUCGUAGCAUCGACCAAUCACAGUACGAAAGAGAAAUAGAACGAUUGAAAUCGAGCGUGGAUUUUUUAAAAUUUGACCAAACGAGCGAACACUCUGGAAAAAGUUCACCGGAUCCUAGUUUAGAUCGAUCGGAGAGUAACAUGAAGAGUAUUAUUUCAAGGUUGAUAUCCGUCGAAGAAGAAUUAUUGAGGGAACAACAAAAAAUGUCGGACACUCUUACGCACAAGCAAAGAGUGAUCGAAGCUCAGGAACAUCAAAUAGCAGUUUUAGGAGCCGAUAACAAUCGUCUUCGUACGGCUUUGGCCACGUUAACCGAACAUUAUGCAUCCGAAGCACAAGACAAACGGAUAUUGGCGGAACUCAACGAAUUGAAAAGUUCCUCCUGUUGA